AUGCUGCGAGAGAGUGAAGAGCUUCGCGAAGCGAUUUCCAGGCUCCUAACAGUAGGACAGCUCAGGCUUGCAAGGCUACAAUCCGGUUUCUGCAGCAGAUGGAGGAAGCCAAGAAGGAGAAGGUUGAGACAGCAAGAGAGUAAAGCGAUCAUGUGGAAGGCUCCGUAUAGAUCCGAGAUAGCGAGUGCUGAUAAGAUCCCGGGAAGAGAGGACUUCGCGAUCGAUGGUCGCAAGUUCACAGCUGUACAUGUGAGCAUCGUGCACGAUCGAUCUUUCAAGAUUCGAGCCAAGAGAGGACCCUGGGGCAAAGGGGGCAGCUUGGCAGAGCUGACUCACCUGCUAACCUUGGGCGGCAUGACAACGGCUGAGAUAGCUGCCGUCUAUCGCUAUCAGCUGCUGCGCCAGUCCCUUGCAGCGGUCCAACUCCAGCCGCUGGCAGGCAUGCUGGUCGCUGGGGCGCCAGGACAGCAAGUCCACAAAGGCUUAGGUCAGAAAGGCUUCGUCGCUGUAGGGGCCAACGUCAUCUGGAGACAGAGGGAGGUGGAGUGGAUCAUCUCCUCGAGCUGCCCAGAGGCGAAUGAUACAGCAUUUCGAGCUUUCCGAGAGAGCGAAGCGAUGGAGGGAGUACACCUGACUCUGUUCAGCGAGGACCCGAAGAUCAGAGAGGCGCUCGCAGUCGAGUUGACAGCUGAUCGCUUUGUGUCCAGAAAUAAGUUGAAGAAGGCAUCAAGGAUGCAGAAGAAGGCAGGCGGCAAGGACGGCAAGGAGAUCAAGAUCAUCAUCAAGUCGACGGCGGCAUCUGGUCGCUUCACGAGGAAGGAGAUGGAGGGGCUGUGCAACGGCGGCAACACGUCUAUCGCAAGAGUCAAGAGAGUCUUGUUGGAGAUCGCUAACAGGCUCGAGAUCAACGUUGAAGGCAUCGACAUGGAGGAGGAUUUGAACACCAAGUCCUGGAACGGGUCCAAGCUAUGCAUCCUCCUCGGCUCCACGGAGGAUGCUCGACGCAUGAUGAAGGAGCUGCCCUUCUAUCUCGAAGGCGCAGCAACCAAGCUCGAAGCAGUCGGCUUCGACAAGGAGCCUGAGGCGGCUGGUCAGCGGGGCACCAGCGACGCAGCGCAGCGACAGGAGGAGAGCGAGGGAGAGUGGCUGGAGUUUACAGACCUGGAGAGGAUCACAAUGGAGGCAGCAUCUCCGUCAAGCCAAGAGGACAUGCAGCUCGUCAGCGAGCUGUCAGCAGUCAUCGAAGAUGCAGCUUCUUUGAACGAGACGGGGACGAGCGAGCCGAUCAAGCUGGUCCUGGACAAGGCCGUUGGCAACCUCCACGACACGUUCUACUCUCCGGGGAGCCUGGAGUUCAUGUCGCUGGGAGAGUGGGCGAAGAUGCCAGAGGAGCAGGGAGUUGGGCGCAACGUUCUCAAGGAGAAGCCUGUGGCUAU